AUUUUUUCUCCGCUAUUAAACAUCCGGGAAACAAAGACGCCUGGUUCGUUUCGAAGAUCAACAAACCGCAAGAGAAAGCAUGGCUAGUUUCAAAAGAAGUACAUUGGCUGGUGGGGGUAGAAAGAAGACUGGCCCUAAACCAGAACUGACAGAAGAACAGAAGCAAGAGAUCAGAGAAGCAUUUGAUUUAUUUGAUGCAGAUGGCUCAGGAACAAUUGAUGCUAAAGAACUUAAAGUAGCGAUGAGAGCAUUAGGUUUUGAACCAAAGAAAGAAGAAAUUAAGAAGAUGAUAGCAGAUCUUGAUAAGGAGGGUUUAGGUACAAUUGAUUUCAAUGACUUUUUGAAUAUUAUGACACAAAAAAUGAGUGAAAAGGACGCCAAAGAGGAAAUUCUUAAAGCUUUCAGACUUUUUGAUGAUGAUGAAACUGGAAAAAUCUCAUUUAAGAAUCUUAAACGUGUCUGCAAGGAACUCGGAGAAAAUCUAACUGAUGAGGAAUUGCAGGAAAUGAUUGAUGAAGCAGAUCGUGAUGGUGAUGGUGAAAUUAACCAGGAAGAAUUCUUAAGGAUUAUGAAAAAGACCAGUUUAUAUUAGAAGACUGAAAAUACAUACAUAGUUUUAUUGGAAGUAUUAUCGAUGGUUGGAAACCUCUGACACACAAGAUACAUAUGUGGUUGUCUCAAUGUGCUGAAUGUCAACUUGUUGAAAUACAUGUGUAUAUAAAUGUACAGGCUCUGGUUAUGUACAUACAGACUAAAUGAGCCUUUCUACAUAAAAAAUAAAAUGGCAUUGGCCUGUUGUAAAUAAAACAGCAAAAACAAAAAACACACAACUUAUUUUUGCCUUAGAAUAAAUUUGAUAAAAAUUUCUGAAUAUUUUUCUUCCAAGUCAUGUGACCAGAUGAAUCUUUGCUUAUUUUCUUAUUUAUUAUUAUUAUUAUUUUUAUUCCUGAUAUGAUUAACAAGAUUGUUAAUCUUUUUAGAUUAUCUGACAGUGAUAAAAACAACAAAACGGAUAUAAAUUUUCUCAGGGGAAUUGAAUGAAAACAAUACCAGUAUAUUAUUUUUAAAGUGUUUACCUUACUGUACUUUCUAUGAAAAUUAUUUCAUUAAGUUUACAGGCUGCAACUUUAGCAGGAUUCUUUGCUUCUGUGAAUCCCAAAUUUUGGGCCAGAAGUGUAUGAUUAUGAGAUCGAAUCCCAAAAUGUUUAUAUUACAUUAUUUUAUGAUUCUGGUGACUUCAAAAAAAAACAAAUCAAUGUUUGGCAUAUAUUAUGAAUUUAUGUGCCUUUUUUUGUUUCAAUAUAUAAACUAUUCUAUAUUUUUAGUUUACUGGGAUGUCAAUUUUCAACGGAUUUCAAACCUUUUGUGGUCCAAGUGUUUCAAGUUUGGGUUCAAGUUUCCUAUUUAUCAGGAAGUUUCUAUUGCACUAGUGCUUAAAAUUGUGAUUUAAUGCAUUCUACAAACUACAGUAUUUAUGAGCUUUUUUUUUCAGAUUUUUCAGACUUCAGAUUUUUUUUUACUCUUUCCUAAUGACAUUCCUGGGUAUAGCAACGGCUGGUUUCUUUGAUAUGUCACUUAUUGGUCAUCAAACAUCGGGUUUUCUUUUAUGUGGGUAAAAAUGGAUAUAAAAUUCAUAGAUAAUAAUAAAAUGUUGAUUACAAACAACAAUGGUUCAACGGUCAUAAUCAAAAUCAGAUUAUAGUAAUAAAUUUCUUCUUGGUGCAUUGAACAGUCACAGUUUAAUAAAGGGACCAGUGUUUAUUAACAAGUUCAUUAUUGUAUUUAAUUCUGUUGUGCAUCAGAAGAGGGUUUUUUUUUUUAUCGAAUACCUCUGAACUAAAUGUAUGUAUUUUUAACCCAUGUAAUGAAAGCUGUGGCAGAUAGCUAAGUGAGAAAUAUUAUCUAGGAUAAAAUGUCAAUUCAUAGUUUAUACUCCUGUUUAUUUUAGUGUUUUCACAAUACCAGGCAAGCUAAUUAAAAGUUGUUUUAUACUGUAUACUUUCGGGAAAUCUUUCCAUCACUGUCGGAUCAAAUUCAUGCUACUUUUAAGUUUUAUCCAGCAGAGGUUAAUUCAUGCAACACAUUCCAGUGGCAGUGUGCUUUUCAUUAACUAAUUUAAAUGUGUCAAUGUUUUGCGAUAUGGGAUCCAAAUUCAGACUUUUUUUCUUUUUGUUUUCAGACUUCUUGGUGGUGUCAUUUUUCUCUUAACACAGUUUCUUGCCAGUAAAUUCUACUCUUUAUUAGCUACUUUUAUCUAAUAAAAAUAAAUAAAAAUUAUAAAUUUUUACAGUUGUAUUAUUACUUCUUUUGGUCCCAGUAUAGCCCUUAUGUUUUGCAUUACAAAUUCAAACUCCACACAAAGCUGAUAUAUGUUAACUGUGGGAUAACGCAUGCUGUGUAGCAGUUCCAACCCAGAGUUUCAUUAACUCCGUUUUUAAUAGUAAGACUACUACACCAACCUUUAUUUCACUAAUCACCAAUCCUUAUCAUAUAUAGCAAUGUGUGCCUAGGACAGCACCUUGAUUUACAAGGGGUGAAGUGAAGUGAAGUGUUUAACCUUUGGUAGAAAUUUAUAAUCGGAUUUGAAGAUCCAAAAAUUAUUUGUCAGUACAGAUUUUCUUACAUAUGUGUGUAAAAUAAAAGAUUUUAAAUUCAUGUAUGUUUAGUGUAGCAAAUUAUCAAAAAGUUCUGUACCUAGUUUGGUAUGUAACAGAACUGAUGGCUUGUGAUUUGAGAUCUGUUUGUGCUAUUCAUUAAAUAUUCCAUUAUUAUCCAAUCACAUUUUGCGUUGUACAUGUAUAUCAUUUGACAUACUAUAUUGCAUGUUUGCAAUCUUCAUAGCAGAUGUGUUGGUACAUCUAUAUCUUGCAACACUAUUCAUUUAAAAUGUCUUUAAGGUCACAAGUUUUGAAUAUAACUCAUACUACAAUAUUGUCAUGUUUGUGCUGUAUUAUAUGUGUAGAUAAUGUACGUAUUAAAAUAUAACAAAACAUU